GCCAAUAAUUUUAGGCUAUUCAAAUUCUUAACCAUAACGGCGCCAAAUUUCUACGUGCAAAGUAACCGAAUAUUACACUCCUUUUUUCCCGCCUACUUCUCCUUAUUGUCAACUUCCCCCCACCUUAAUCAAACUGCUAUACAUUCUCUUUUUUCCUUUCUUUUUCUUUUUGAUUUGAAAGUUGAAGCUAAAUAUAGUAGCUAUAUACUGCAAACUAAUUGAGGUUAUUUAUUUGGUUUUGUCUUUCUUUGACUAUUGGAGAAAGACCUGAAUAUUGAAGUUUGAAGUGCUUUAUUCACAAGAAAACUUGUUGAAAUUUGAUCAACUGGCCAUUGCUCAAUUCUAUAUAUAAGGGAGGUGUAGCAUUCUUGAAUCCCCUCGUUAGAAUUUCUGACUCCGUCACGGCUUUUGACUAUGGCUUUUCACGGGUACACUGCGAUGGUGGUUGUUAUAUUAGCUAUGAGCUAUUUACUGAUUUGUUCUGAAGCUGACUCAAAUACUCAAUUAUCAACUGCAAUUUUGAUAAAAGUGGAUCAAUCUGGAAAUGGAGAUUUCAAGAAAAUACAAGAUGCAAUUGACGCAGUACCUUCACAUAAUUCGCAACAUAUAUUUAUUUCGGUUAAGCCUGGGAUUUACAGAGAAAAAAUUGUUGUUCCUGCGGAUAAGCCGUUUAUAACAAUCAGUGGUAGAAAACCAGUAAACAAUACUAUAAUUACAGGGAAUGAUUUUGGAGAUAUAUUUGAAUCCUCUACUUUCACCGUUUUUGCCUCUGAUUUCGUGGCUCGCCACCUUACAAUUCAGAACACAUAUGGAACAGGAGCUAAAGCAGUAGCAUUGAGGGUAGAAGGAGAUAGAGUUGGCUUCGUGGGUUGUAGAAUUAAGUCACAUCAGGACACAUUACUUGAUGAUGUUGGGAGGCAUUACUACAAAAACUGUUAUAUAGAAGGGGACACUGACUUCAUAUGUGGAAAUGGCGCUUCUCUCUUUGAGAAAUGCCAUUUGCAUUCACUUUCAGAAGGAAAUGGGGCUAUAACAGCACAACAUAGACAAUCAUCUCAGGAAAAUACAGGUUUCACCUUUGUUGGAUGCAAGAUUACUGGAGUGAAGAGUGCAAUUCUUGGUAGACCAUGGGGUCCCUAUGCCAGAGUAGUUUUUGCCCAAACUUAUAUGUCAAGCGUCAUUCUCCCCUACGGUUGGGAAGAUUGGAAUGUCCCCUCCCGACAAAGGACAUCAUAUUUUGCAGAGUACAAGUGUUAUGGGCCAGGUGCAAGUUCAGAUAAGAGGGUAAACUGGUUACGGACUUUGUCUAGUGAAGAUGCUGUGCCUUACUUGAAGGAGAGCAUUAUGGGCCCAAAAAGUUGGAUUAGGUCUAAGCCCACACAUUUGAUACCUUUAUCUAAAGCAAUCUCCACCAGUUUCAACAAAAAGAGAAGCAGCCCAUGAAACUUUAAUUUAUUAGUCUGAUAUUUUACUUAAUGUUGAUUCAUCGUGUAAUUUGUGAUUAUUAUUUUUUCUUGAAUUAGUCUGGUAGUUCAAAAAUGUUUUGAACCCUCUACAAAUAUGAUCUGUGUCUUGGAUUUAUUA